UGUUAUUUAUUGAGUUGAUGAUAUUAGUUUUAUACUUACCGACAUUUAUUAUAAGAAAAAAAAUAGCAAACAGCUUCAGCUAUCGACUAAAUUUGAAAUACAAUUACAUAAGAAAUAAAAAAUAAAAAUGAGCAAUGUAAAUAAAAUGCCAAAAACAACUAUUAACUUGCAUGAUAUUUCUAAGAAAAAUUCAAAGAUUCCAUUUACAAAUCAUGGAUGCAAAUCAAACAAAAUAGAUGAUAAACUGAAAUCUCUUGAAUUAUCGACUAUACAAUCAGAAGAAGAUACUAAUGAUUCAUUAAUAUGUUCUAAUAUAUCAGUUCCAUCAACUGCUACAGAGUUAAUAGAAAAAUCAUCUUUAGAUAAAUCAAAUCCAGCUGAAUCAUCUUCAUUGAUAUUAGAUACAUUCAGUCAAUCAUCAGGUAUAGCAUCAAAAUUAAUACGCAGGAAAAUACCAAGAGCCGGUCACUUAAUGACUCCACGGCACCUAUGGAUCCAAUCUAUUCCGCCCAAAGCUUGUGAUGUGGUUUUAACAUUCAAUAAAACUACUGAUUAUAAAACUAUUGAAUGGGUAAAAUCACUGAUAGUAGACGAAUCUAAUGGUUUCAGUUUAUCUGUGAAUGUCCAAUAUCAUUCAUCUACAGACUCUUACUGUUUUUACUUAACAGCUUCCUUCCAUGUUCUUAUGAAAGCUGCUCAAGAUGUACAUUUACCAAAAAAAAUUAUUGGCUGUGGUGGCCUAAGAGAAUUUAUACUUUCUGAAAUGAAUAUAUUUGAAGGAAUCGAGGACCAUUCAAAUUUUUUCACUAUGCAAGAAAGACAAACAUUGAUUUUAUACAUCUUAAAUACACUUAGGGUACAAAAUUGUGAUUGGAUCACUGAACUAGUUGAAAGCCAACCAUUAAUUUCAGAAUGUAUGUCUAAUGGGAUAAUUGAACAUUUAUUUCCAGUUCAUGAAAACAAGACAUUAAAAUGGUUGCGUAUUAUCUGGGUAAAGUCUUUUUUCAGCUUGCAGCCUUUAGAUAAAGUUUGUGAUUAUUUUGGCGUCAAAAUUGCCAUGUACUUUGCAUGGAUUGGACACUAUACCGGUUCAUUAAUAUAUCCAGCUAUUGCCUAUUCUACAUUUUGGUUUGGAUUUGGAAGGCAAUUGGAUCAAUGGACGGAAGGAGUAUGGUUUGUUGUCUUGGCCUUUAUGAAUGUUAUCUGGCUGACGGUAUACUUGGAAACAUGGAAACGAUACUGUGCUGAAUUAGCCUAUCGAUGGGCUACACUAGAUCAAAGACAUCAGUUUUUGUUACAGCCUCGCUUAGAAUUUAAAGGGCAUCCACGAAUUAGUCCAAUAACUGGCAAAGCAGAACUAUGGUAUCCAAAUUGGAAACGAAGGCUAUUCAGUUAUUUUGUCAGUGCACCUAUCAUAGGUCUUUGUUUGGCAGUAGUAUUUGCUUUAACAAUAUUACAAAUAAAAUUUCAAGACUGGUGGGACUUAUAUAUUGAAACAAAUGAAUAUCCAACAUAUUUAAGUUAUAUUUCUAAAAUUAUGUUAGCACUUAUCAUCGCUGUGCUUGAUGACAUUUACAAUAUAAUUGCUGUGUGGCUUAACGAUUGUGAAAACUAUAGGCUGGACACUGAAUACGAAAACCAGCUGAUUAUCAAAGUUACACUGUUUCAAUUCGUCAACUCGUUCCUGUCUCUCUUUUACAUCGCUUUCUAUUUGCAAGACCAGGAAAGACUUAGAACGCAAUUAGCCGUGCUUUUAAUCACGAGACAGCUAAUACGCAACAUCAAAGAAUCGGCGCUCCCUUAUGUGCUGGAACAAAUUCGUUUCGCGAAAAUCAGUUUUGACUUGUUCGGUGCAUUGACACCAUCCGAUGGCCCGGCCAAACCGAAUGGUGAGCGUGUCGUGUCACAGCCGGAACUCGAAUGUUCAAUGUUUAAAUUCGAUGGUACAUUCUCCGAACACUUGGAGAUUUUCAUACAGUUUGGUUAUGUGGUAAUGUUCUCGUCAGCGUUCCCGCUGGCCGCAUUGUGCGCGUUCCUCAAUAAUCUGAUUGAAAUACGUAGCGACGCAUUUAAAAUGUGCUAUGUGUACCAAAGGCCGUUUGGUCAACGAAUCAAGGACAUCGGAAUGUGGCAGAACAUCAUGGAAGUGAUGGGAUUCAUCGCAGUGCUUGUUAACUGUGCAUUGAUUGGUCUUAGCGGUCAAGUUCACCGAUUGCUGCCUGAUAUGACUGCCAUUCAAACUGUUCUAUUGAUCGUCGCUCUUGAGCACAUAAUGUUAGCGUUCCGAUGUGCAUUGAGCUGUCUGAUUCCGGACGUACCGCAAUGGAUUGCCACUGAAAUGGCCAAGACUGAGUACAUCAGACGCGAAGCGGCGUCUUCCAAAUCACAGUGAUAAAGAGGGCUUAUACAAUCGUCGUCAGCACCGCAACGCGAUGGAUUAAAUAGAUCUCAUCGGAUUUGUUUUUAUCUAAUUUUUGUUUUAAACUGAUAUCGAACGCUUUUUAGUCAUCGUAAUUUUCAAUGGUUGGGGUAUCGUUACACAUAUUAUAUUAUUGUUUAUAUGGAUACAGGACACCGGACAUUCACACGUCCUAUAAAAACGCUAGAACAGUGUUCGCUGUAGGUACCAAUAUGUCAGUUAUUAAUUAUUAUUUAAAUAACUGGAUAUGCCUAUUAUAAUAUUAAUUAUGGUAUCACGUCAAUUGUUCGCCGAGAAUAGUUUGCUUGAUGGUUUUCGCGUGACAACUAGGUAUUUGCAGUAAAAUUAUUCGAAUACGACAAUAAUAUUGUUCACGCAUCACGCAUAAAUUGUUAGAAAAUUUGUUGUUGAAAAUAAUAAGACUUUUGAUUGUCAUGUAAUAUAUAUUAUUUUGUAAUCUAUAUACAUCAGUAUGAAUAUUAAAGGAGGUAUCUUUACCUAUUUGACCUAUUUUUGAUUUAGUUUACCUAUUUGAUUUAGUGUGAAAUGUGGUUUAUUGCGAGCACCUUUUAAAAUCUUAUCGAUAACUUAUUGUUAUAACAUUGAACUUUACAUGGAUUGUUUAAUGGGCGCAAAAAUAUUAAUGCUAAUAAUAAUGGGUUAUGCACUUAUGCAAUAGUACCUAUUAAUAAUGAUACCUGCAAUAUACUAGCACACACUUGUCACAAAAAUUAAAAAAAAAUUAUGUAUUGGUUGUAAUAACCGUACCUAUACUACAAUUGAUUAUCUUCGUAGUGUUGUAUACGAUUUUUAAUUGCAACUAUAUAUUUAAAAAUUAUAUGUACCUUAUAUUCUUACUGAUGCCCACAAACGUUAAUCUUAAAAUGUAUACGUGUAAAACUAUUUAUGAAAAAAACUAACUGAUUGAAAUGAUUGUUAGCUAUGUAAACCUAUCUUGAAUUAAUAACAUAAUACAUAAUAUACCUACAUUGAACUUGCGAAUAAUUUAUGCACGAACAAUUUCCGCGCGUACAAUUGACGAAUAAUAUGCAUAUUCAAUAUUUAUUACCUCGUCGUUUUUCAUCCACCAUAUUGUUUUCAUAAACUUUAUUAUCUUAUCACUGCGUCAUCGUUUUCAUUCAUAUUUGAACAUUUUCAUUAUUUUUAUAUCAUAGACUUUAUAUGAGUAUAAUAUAACUAUGGUUUACAAUAAUUAUUGAGUGACGUGAAACUGAUAUAUAUAUACACAGUGUACUCAAAUUAUUAUUAUUACGAAUAUCCUUAUUCGGUAUUUCUUUAUUGUACCUAUAAUUAAUAACAAAUAAUUAGUCUAAUGCGCUUUUUAUAGCACUUGUGGCCAUUUUAAAAAAAUAUUUUAAAUCAACGAUUUCCAACCUUUUUAGUUGUGCGGACUACAAAUUUUGUAAAAAAAAAAAUCUUUGAAACCAACUAAUAAUAGCACACCUAUUUUAUAUAAUAUUAAAUAAUUGUUUAUUUAAAAACAACUUUAUUUAACCUAUUCAAAAGUAAAACAACUUAAUGGGAUGUUUGACAUUACUUAUAAGUUAUAAGUUAUAAAAGUUGUCAGUUAUAACCUACGAGAGAAUUAAUAUUUAGAUUAAAACUGAAUAGUUUUAGCCUUAAAUCACUCUAAACAUUCAGUGUAUUUACUGCCUAAUUAAAAAAAAAAUAUAAAGUGGAAAAAGCUCCAUGAUUUUUCCAUUACUGGUUUAGUCAUGAUAAAAUUUCUUAUCUUGAUUUGAAAAAAAUCUCGAUUUUCCUACACGUUCAGGAUGUUUGGUUGAUAGAUGUCUUUUAAGUUUUGAGAAUUCUAUAUAUUAUUUAGAUUGCUUAUCGAAAAAAAAUCAUACACUAAUGAGACAGAGAGGUCUUCCUCAGUACUAGAAUAAACAAACUCGCAUUUUAAGAAAUCAUAGUUAUAUUUACAAAAAUAUAUUUUGAUUUUCUUCGCUAUAUUCAACAUUAACGAUUGACAUAUUAUUAACAAUCUCACUAGGUACUAUAUAGAAGACUCUGCAGACGUGGAAAUUCCUUCGUCACUUGACAGCUUCGUGUUUCGUCUUAUAGGUACGACAAGGGCCGGUCCGAAACCAACUAUCCAUAUUGACAUGAAAUGGUUAAUGCUUAAAAAAUAAAAACUUAAUAACUCACUAUAGACACAGUAUAAACUGUCGCGGAAAAAUCGGUCAAACGAUUUACUAAAACGACUAAUGCACAUGAACGUAAAACUAAAAACAAUACGCACUGCACGCUCCAUGCUGUUUGUUCAUAAUAAAACACGAUAAACAUAACAAUUAAUAACAGAUAUUAAAAAUAAACGUGUGCAAAUUACAUCAGAAAAAAAAAUAUUAUAUUCAAUAAAAUUGUUCCAUAGUGUUUAAUUGUGUAGUUAUUAUUGAUUAAAUAUAACAUUGUAUCAUACAAAUAUAAUAAUUAUUAGUAAUACCUAUUAUUUAAAUCAGAAAUAUAGACUAUCGUCUGUGUUACUAACGUAAUGUUAGUGAUAUUAUAUAAUAUGGUCCACGGCCCAGUCUCACGUUGUCCGCGGCUUUGAGGUUGGGAAUCGUUGAUCUAGGUACCCUAUUCGAUUUUUAUUUAUUUUGUCUAUGACAUUGUCGGAUUAUAAAAAUACGGUACGAUGGUGAUAAAGAUACUAAAAAAUUAUAAGAUAAUUACCGACAAACUAAUACUAUGACUAUAUAUAUAUACUAUAUGUUAAAUUGCAUAGCUAGGUUAUAGGUAGGUUAACCAUUAACCUUACCCGCUCGAUGUGCGGCUCGUUUGUAAUUAUCUUAUAUUUUGUUUUUACGUUUGUUUAAAAUUUUAAAAUUUAUUAAAUUUAGAUGUACGUUUUAUUUUCUAGUUUAUUGAAUAUAAUAGUAAUGUUGUUAUACCUUUUACAUUAAGCAUUGCUAU